AUGCCCGCUCGUACAUCCAGGCCUGCCCCUCUCCAGCGGCCAGAUCGGCCAUACCUUGCCCUGGGCCUCGAGGGGUCCGCCAAUAAGCUCGGUGCUGGCAUAAUCAAGCAUGCUAAAGAUGGUUCGAGUACUGUUCUCUCAAACAUUCGACACACGUAUAUUACUCCGCCGGGAGAGGGAUUUCAGCCAAGGGACACGGCUUUGCAUCACCGGCAGUGGAUCAUGGGCGUGAUCAAAGAUGCUCUCCAGAAAGCGGGAGUAUCGAUCCAUGAUUUGGACUGCAUAUGCUACACGAAAGGUCCUGGUAUGGGUGCACCGUUACAAUCAGUAGCGUUAGUAGCGCGAACGCUUUCUCAAUUAUACGGCAAACCCCUUGUUGGCGUGAACCACUGCGUUGGUCACAUUGAAAUGGGUCGCGAGAUCACUGGAGCCCAGAACCCAGUCGUUCUAUACGUUUCUGGCGGAAAUACUCAGGUUAUAGCAUAUUCCCGUCAAUGCUACAGGAUAUUCGGUGAGACGCUCGACAUCGCAGUAGGAAACUGCCUUGAUCGGUUCGCUCGUGUGAUCAACCUCAGCAAUGAUCCCAGCCCAGGUUACAACAUCGAACAAGAGGCGAAGAAAGGCAAACGCCUUCUGCCGCUUCCCUAUACGACGAAGGGCAUGGAUGUUAGUCUUUCGGGUAUACUCACCUCCACCGAGGCUUAUACGCAAGAUAAACGAUUCCGGUUGGAUGGGACCGGAUCGGAUUCUGAGGAUGUCGUGACCCCAGCCGAUCUAUGCUUCUCGCUCCAGGAGACGAUAUUUUCGAUGCUUGUAGAAAUUACGGAACGUGCAAUGGCCCACAUCGGCAGCAAAGAAGUUCUAAUUGUGGGAGGCGUUGGAUGUAACGAACGGCUGCAAGAGAUGAUGGGCAUAAUGGCGAAGGAGAGGGGUGGCCAAGUAUUUGCAACGGACGAAAGGUUCUGCAUCGACAACGGCAUAAUGAUUGCACAAGCUGGCUUACUCGCGUUCAGAAUGGGCCAGUGCACAGACUUAGCGGAUAGUACGUGCACGCAAAGGUUUCGUACAGAUCAAGUGCACGUCGCUUGGCGUGCCUGA